AUGGGGCAUAUUGCAGAUGCAGAGAAGAUGGUUCAGACUUGUGGUGGUGACAAUAUUACUGAAAGUUGUGAUCAUGAAGCUGGUGAUGAAGAGGGUAAGAACCCAAUGGAGAUAGAAGAUGUUAUGUUGGGCAAGGAAGUCUCUGAGGGCUUAGGACAGGGUUCUGGGUGUAAGUAUGACCUGAGGAAGAGAACUGGUGCUAGGUGGAGGAGGAGAGACUCAUCCAAGAGUAGACUGAAGAGUGUUCCUGAAUCCACUUGUGAGCUUCAUCAGGCUGUGUCUCUUAAGAGAAGUAGAGCUUUGGUGAUCUAUGGAGGAGGGCAGAAAGAUGAAGAUGAUGAGUUUAUCAUGAACAUGCAGAUGCAAGAGGUGGAUCUGCUGGGAUCAUUUUUUACUUGGGGUAAUAAUAGAGGUGAUGAUGGAUAUGUGGAGGAGAGAUUGGACAAAAUCUUUGUGUCCUUUGAGUGGCUAACUAAAUUUCCAAACAUGAAGGCAUCAAACUUCUACAGAUCAGCUUCUGACCACAAUGAGCUGGAUAGGAGGCACAAAAGAUUUCAAUUCAUUAGUCAAUGGGUAGCCAUGGAGGGUGUGCAAGAUGCUGUCAAAGAAGGAUGGCAAGUGCAGGUGGAUGGCUCUGCAAUGUUCCAAGUGCAUCAGAAGGUGAAGACCACCAGAAUGGCUCUUCUAGCCUGGCACAAGCCAGUACAUAGGAACAGUGAGAAAUGUGGUGGCGGGUUUUGUAUUAUGUUUGUGUACUGGUUAGGGAGCUGUGUUGCUCUUCUCUCAGAUACCCUGGAUUGGGGGUUGUCCCUUAUGUAA